AUGUCUCAUUCUUUCUACUGGCUUCAUCUUCUCCUCCUCCUCCAUCUCAAAUCGUCCGACCUACUUUCUCACCCAAAAAGAAACACAGAAAAAGAGGCAAAAAGACAUGGUAGAUUGGAUGUCCGUCGUCGUCCCGUCGGCCAGAAGAAGCCGAGGCAAAAGCUGACAGAAGAAGAAGAAGCAAAAAGAAGCGGUUGGCGCGCGGACAGACAAACGGCUAUCGGAAAAUAA